CGUAAAUCUGUAAUAGUCUAGUCAGUAGGCUCACUGCCACUCACUACUUCACCAGAUAAAAAUCUAUCCAGAAGAAUCAACUCAAACAACCACCCAAUUCUCUUUACUCUGCCAUUGAUUAUCAACUAACUACACUCUUCAUAGUUGCAGAAUGGAGACUCUUUCAAGAGGAAGCUGCCCAGUUUUUAUGAACAUCUUUUUUGCCAGAAAUUCAAAUCAAAGUAAUACAAUAUUGUUUCCCAAAUCAUCUUCACUAAGAAAUCCCACUGCUUCUGUCCUUAAAUCCCCUUCUCAAGCAAGUGAACGUGCUGAUGAAGAUGUUUUGCGAGAAUUUUUCCGGGAUAGACAGUUGAAUGGAGAUAUUAUAACAAAAUACUCUGAUAGAUUUUUUAAGAAAGAGGUAAUGAGAGUCAUUGAUGAUGAAGCUGCUGAUGUAGAUUAUAGCUCUCAACCAAAUACAGAGGCCUUGACUGAUGAGCCUGACGCAGGGUUUCUAAAAUUGACAACAACUCAAGAAUGGUUGAUGGGUGAAACUUCUGCACCAAUCAAUAGGAAGCCAACCAAUAAGGAAAUACAGGACGAUAGGGAAAAAAGAAGGAGGCUCAACUUUCUAAAUUAUGAAGCUCUUAAGAGGGAAUUGCAGUUCAUGACUUUGGGGAUUGGAGCCGCCUGUACUGGGUAUUGCUUAUUCAUAUUCUCAAUCCAGGCAGCAGUGAGUUAUGCUUCAGGAGUUGGAUUUAGUUUCUUGUAUCUACAACUUUUGUACCAGCAUGCAGACAACAUAUCACAGGAUUCAGUUCCACAAAUUUUCCGGCAAAAGAAAACAAAGAAAAUUGGAAUACGAAGUGAGGAUCUGAGAGAUUCACUUGAAAAAUCAGUCAAGGGAAGUGGGAUCGCUCUUUCGUCUCCAAGACUUGUAAUCCCUGCAGCAAUAUAUGGAACAUGGGUCCUGCUUCACCAGAACUUCGCUACUGAUCUCUUUGAUUUCCAGAUUGUGCCUGCUAUGUUGGGAUUAUUUGCUUACAAAGCUGCCGCGCUCGUUCAAGUUUAUAGAGAUAAUGAAGACUUACAAUUCAUCUUUCCAGAUACCGAGGAAAGCUCAGGUGUCUGAAAACUCAUGUCUUGCUUCGAACAUGGAACAUUUUACCUUCCCCAGUUCAGAAAGCUAUUGUUAAUACCGAAACUGACAUUUUGAGGCUGGAACACACUUUUUCUAGGUCAAAAAUUCUGUGUAUGAGUUGGUUUGAUCUGUAUGUAAUGUAGGAUACUAGGAGGCAUAUGAAGUACAGAGAUCCAACUUUCUGCCUUUGUAGGUACUAUAGCAGAUGAUAAUAUAUUUGUUGUACCCUUUCUGUUUGAGCUAUGCCAUUAGUAAGCCAUCCCCUUUACAUUUUC